ACACACAGAGAUGAAUAAAAUAAUGAUAUUAAUUCAUCAAGGCCAUUUGCGUAAACUACUCACAACUAGGGUUUGUUCUCCCUAUAAAUACAACUCAUUCUCCUCAAAAAACCCUACUCUCACUUUCUUACACUAGCCUCCCUUCUCUUCAGCCGCUGCAAGAGAUUUCUCUAAGCUAGUUCAGUAUGGGUAAGGAAAAGAUUCAUAUCAGUAUUGUGGUCAUUGGCCAUGUCGACUCUGGAAAGUCUACCACCACUGGUCAUCUUAUCUACAAGCUUGGUGGUAUUGACAAGCGUGUCAUCGAGAGAUUUGAGAAAGAAGCUGCUGAGAUGAACAAACGUUCAUUCAAGUACGCAUGGGUGCUUGACAAACUUAAGGCUGAGCGUGAACGUGGUAUCACCAUUGAUAUUGCCCUGUGGAAGUUCGAGACCACCAAGUACUACUGCACAGUCAUUGAUGCUCCAGGACAUCGUGAUUUCAUUAAGAACAUGAUUACUGGAACUUCUCAGGCUGAUUGUGCUGUCCUCAUUAUUGACUCCACCACCGGAGGUUUUGAAGCUGGUAUCUCCAAGGAUGGGCAAACUCGUGAGCACGCUUUACUUGCAUUUACCCUUGGUGUCAAGCAGAUGAUCUGUUGCUGCAACAAGAUGGAUGCCACAACUCCCAAGUACUCCAAGUCUAGAUUUGAAGAAAUUGUCAAGGAGGUGUCAUCUUACUUGAAGAAGGUUGGGUACAACCCCGACAAAAUUGCUUUCAUUCCCAUCUCUGGAUUUGAAGGUGACAACAUGAUUGAUAGGUCGACAAACCUUGACUGGUACAAGGGCCCAACUCUUCUUGAAGCCCUUGACCAGAUUUCUGAGCCCAAGAGACCAUCAGACAAGCCUCUUCGUCUCCCACUUCAGGAUGUUUACAAGAUUGGAGGUAUUGGAACUGUGCCAGUGGGACGUGUUGAAACUGGUGUGAUCAAGCCCGGUAUGGUUGUGACUUUCGGUCCUUCAGGGUUGACCACUGAAGUCAAGUCCGUUGAGAUGCAUCAUGAGGCUCUACAAGAGGCUCUUCCUGGUGACAAUGUUGGAUUCAAUGUUAAGAAUGUUGCUGUCAAGGAUCUCAAGCGUGGGUAUGUUGCCUCAAACUCUAAGGAUGAUCCCGCCAAAGAGGCUGCCAACUUUACUGCUCAAGUUAUCAUCAUGAACCACCCUGGUCAGAUUGGUAAUGGUUAUGCUCCAGUGCUUGAUUGCCACACUUCUCACAUUGCUGUUAAGUUUGCUGAAAUCCAAACCAAGAUUGAUCGUCGAUCUGGUAAGGAACUCGAGAAAGAGCCCAAGUUUUUGAAGAAUGGCGAUGCUGGAUUCGUUAAGAUGAUUCCAACCAAGCCCAUGGUGGUCGAGACCUUCAUGUCCUACCCUCCACUUGGAAGGUUUGCUGUUCGUGACAUGAGGCAGACUGUUGCUGUGGGAGUCAUCAAGAGUGUGGAGAAGAAGGAUCCUACCGGAGCCAAGGUCACCAAGGCUGCAAUCAAGAAGAAAUGAACCGGCGCCGUUGAUGGGUAUCGUCGUCGCGAUACUGCAUUCUGGGUCUGUUAUUCCCAUCUUGUUGUUUUAAUUUCAAGUCGAGUUUCUGUUCUGUUUCGUGUCAUGUGUUUUGCUGUGUCAGCCACCUGGUCUCAGAAUUGGGUGCUUGACAGGCGGUGGUGUGGCUAUUAUUAGCCUUGUUAUCCUGUGUUUGUUCCAUCUCUGUUGAAAAGACUUAUGUUAUUUUGAUGUUUGUAUGACAGACCAGCUGUUUAAUUUUGUGUCAAUGUUCUUCCUAUAUGCUUGAUCACAUAUAUGAAAAACUACCUUUUUGUUUA